AUGGCAAAAUUCGUGCUCGCUGGUAGGACAGACUGUCCUCACUAUGCCAAAGCGGAACUUUUAGCAGACUCUCUGCAGCGAUCUCUGCCAAACUUCAGGAUCCAUAAGAUCUCCAUCCUCCCCGAUGAAUGGGAGGAAUGGCUCGAAGCCACUUGCAAAAGACAUGGCUGGAAACACGAGAAGUCCCCUUUGGUUUGGAGGGAACUGGUGGACCAAGGUGGCAAAGGGAUGCUCCUAGGGGGCUUCAGUGACUUCCUUGAGCAUUGUCAGGACUACUACAGCAUCACAUCAGACAUGCCUACAGAUUUAAUGCUGAGUGUUGCAGCAGAGAAUCUGGAGAUGAAGAGGAACCUUAUUGUGGAGGAGCAGCACCGUGCCAGUCUCAUCAAACCCCUUCACAUAUGGAUCAGCAGUGCUCUCAGCCCAACCUGCCACUUCCUGGUCCCCAAUCUGCUCUCUGCUGAAGUGUUCCCCCACAUUACUGCAAUCAGCCUCCACCUAUUGGACCUGGAAGGGGGCAAGGAGAAAUUGCAUGGGCUGAAGAUGGAGAUAGAGGACCUGGCACUCCCUCUGCUCCAUCAGGUAAGCAUUCACACGGAUCUGGAGCAAGCCUUCCAAGAAGCAGAUGUCAUCCUCCUGCUGGAUGAGUGGGGGUCUGAUGACAGUGAUGCAGAGACUGAGAGCGAGCAGGAAAAGAAGAAGAAGAAAGUGAAGGAAGUCUCAGACCGCUACAGAGUGUACGGACAACUGAUUGACACAAGGGCCACCAAGGACGUGAAGGUGAUUGUGUCCGGCGACUCAUUUGUCAACCUCAGAUGUUUGCUUCUUGUGGACAAUGCCUGCUCCAUUGACAGCGACCAAUUUGUCACCAUGGCAACUCAAGUGGAGAAUGAAGCCAGGGCCAUAAUGGCAAAGAGGCUGAAAGUUAAGGCGUCAGAUAUUACAGACGUCAUCGUGUGGGGAAAUAUCAGUGGUAGUUUUUACAUUGACCUGCAGAGGGCAAAGGUUUUCAACUUCAACGGGGCAAUCAGAGGACCAGCCUUCUUUUCCCACUCACUCCUACAGAUUUUCCAUGACAGGAAAUGGUUGGAGACGGACUUUCAGGACUUGGUACGUUGUCAGCGUGCAGCUGUGGCUUCAAAGACCUGCCAAGCAGCUGCCAUGUCAGCUGCCAAUGGGAUCCUCACCAUCCUAAAGGCUUGGAAUGGCAUGUGUAGUCCAGAUAAAGUCUUCUCUCUGGGUGUACUAUGCCCAGGCUACUACAGCCUCCCAGAUGGCAUCGUCCUCUCAGUUCCAGUUACCUUCAGAGACGGUAAAUGGUCUGUGCUGUUUGAUGUGACUGUUGGUGAUGAGCUGAAGGAAAGACUUCAGCUCUCUGCUAGUGAACUCAGGCAGGAAAAAGAAAUUGCAAGAUUGUUAUGAAGAAGGAACACAUUUGAUAGACAUUAAAAACUGUCGCUGCGCAGCUUAUAAGUAGAUGACUACAGGAAAUAAUCAGAAUAAAUUUCAGAGCCACAUCUUAA